UCUCAACAUUAGGAUACGUUCAGGGCGCUCAGACAUGAUUCAACCGUUAAACAACUUUAGUUUUUGACACUUUUUGUCUUAUAGUAGCUUUUGUUAUUGUUCGGUUUUCCGUUGGCAAGUUUUAACAAGCUUUGAAUUUAUCUUAAAGUGUCACGUUGAAAGAACUGUCUAAACGCUACUUCUGGUUUCGAUGCAAGCUCUUCUGUAACGUUAUCGACCUGUGACAUAAUGCUCCGAGGUGCUGUAUAGAACUAGAUACCCACAAUGAAUCCUCAAACCCUGUCACUGAGAGCCCUGCUGUUUCUGGGGCUCUGGCAAACUGGGAGAAGAUGUCUAGCAUCAGCCCCAGAGCUGAAGAUACAACCCCAAAAGAUCGCCGUGGUGGGAGCGGGCAUUGGUGGCUCAGCUGCAGCGUUUUACCUGAGGCAGGAGUUUGGACCCGGAGUAAAGAUCGAUGUGUUUGAACCUGAUACUGUUGGAGGACGACUCGCGACAGUGAAGUUUGGAGAUCAGGAUUAUGAGACGGGAGGAGCAGUGAUCCAUCCUCUCAACCUACACAUGAAACACUUCAUUGAAAGAUUAGGUAUUCCUCCAAGGAAAGAUGUCCCCUCUAAGGCGGCAAUCUUUGAUGGAAAGGAGCUCACUUUUGAAGAGAGUGACUGGUAUAUAGUAAAUGUUUUGCGCAUGCUCUGGCGAUACGGGUUCAACUUUCUCCGAAUGCAUAUGUGGGUGGAGACCGUUUUGGACAAGUUUAUGAGGAUCUACCAGUAUCAGCAGUAUGGUUACUCAUUUUCCAGUGUGGAUAAACUCCUUCAUGCAAUGGGUGGAGAUGAUUUUCUUACCCUGCUGAAUCAAACUCUGGAGGAAACGAUGAUGGCCGAAGGAUUUUCGCAGGUCUUUAUCAAUGAAGUCGUCUCACCCAUCACUCGUGUCAACUAUGGCCAAAGUGUCCGCCUGAAUGGCAUUGUGGGGGCAGUGUCAUUAGCAGGCGUAGAUUCAGGCCUGUGGGCAGUGGACGGAGGCAAUAAGAGAGUGUGCUCCGGACUGCUCUACAUCAGCAGAACUGAGCUCAUCACUGCCAAAGUGACCUCCAUUUCAAUCAAAGUUCGACCAUCCAAGUCAGGCACCACAACUAAUUUCUACGAGGUAAAUUAUGUUGGAGAAUCUGGCUCAGCACACUCUCUGUAUGAUAUCGUCGUUAUAGCAACACCGCUUCACCAGGGAAAGUCGGACAUCAUCUUCUCAGGCUUCUCCCCCUCUCUCCCGUCUCACUACCCCGGACGCUACCACCAGACUGUCUCCACUCUGAUCCACGGCAGGUUGAACAUGUCCUUCCUCGGGAGCACAAAGAAGGCCUCAGACUUCACUGUGUCUGACAUCCUCACCAUGGACUCAAAGGACUCCAUCAUCAACAGCCUGAGCUCUAUUGACCCUGUUCAGAUCCCAGAGGGGUACAUUCGGCCCCCUGCCAGCGUGGCCAAAGUCUGGAAGGUGUUCUCUCCACAGCCGCUGACCCAGGAGCAGCUGCAGGACAUGUUCAUCACCUGGGACUCAUCGUCAGAGACCAGGUGGCUGGCUUAUCCUACUUACCGCCCGCCGCAACGUAAGACCCCUCCCUUCAUCCUGCACAACCGGCUGUACUACCUGAAUGCUGUGGAGUGGGCAGCCAGCGCCAUGGAGAUGAGCGCCAUCUCUGCCAGGAACGUGGCCCUGCUGGCCCACCACCGCUGGCACCAGCAGGAGGGCAGGGUCGACCAGGAAGACCUGCACACACGACUCAGAGGGGAACUCUAAACUAAUGGCAAUACAAAACCAUCAUUCAAGCACAGUACAAACCCACACGGACCCUCAUUGAUGCACAUACUGCACUAUAAAACCCCCUCUCUAUUCAGGGGUGUGGGGCGCUAGGAUCCCUUUAAGAGGGAGACACUACAGGUGAACAGGGUAAAAACGAAUUUAUAAUAUAUAUAUAUAUAUAUAUAUAUGGACAUUUUAAGAGCUUUUACUCAGGGAAUGUUGGUCAUCUCUUUGUAUCACUCGAUACAUCAGAAAACACUGCCAUUAAAAAAAAGAAGGCAUUACGUUAGGAUACAAAUCUUUCAUAAUAUUAAAUAAUUACAAGUUUUCUUAUAUUUUACGUUUAAUAAUGUCCACCACGAGGCAUUAUCUAAUGCUAACUUUUGGUAAAUUCAGGACAAAUCUAUAGAAGCAAGUUUAGUCAAAUAAACACCUACAUUUGUAUUUUGAAUGUUUUCUUUUCACUAGCCUGAAAUAAGACGAAGAGAACAAAAAAAGGUUGCCUGUAGUGUCUCAGCUUUUACCUUAAAGGACAACUUGGGUUAAAUACAACCUUGAUCUCUCUUGUUCUAGCUUUUGGUCAGUCAUUUUUAACAACAAGGGAACAAAAAGAAGACUAUAUUUAAGAAUUUGAAAUCAUAGUUUGGGUACAGGGGGUUGGUUUGAAACCUGUCUGAUAUGUAUUUGUUUGCCUUUCCUCAGCUACCAUCAUGAAGGUUGACAUUAGAUUAAAAAAACGAUGGAAAUAAUCAUUUUAUGACCCUAUCAGUAACCACAGUUCAUCAUUCCCCUUGAGUCGCACAUAUCACACUAAAAGUGGGUCAACCUUGUACUGUGCUGAAUGUUUGAAUCACUGUGAACCACGCUGCACUCCAGGGUAGUAACAUGCUCUUAAUGGUUCCUCUGUCUACCUGUGUGUCUUAAAACGAUUUUUAGAUGUAUUUUUUUUUAAAUGCACUGCUGUUGUUAGGAACACGGUACAGAUAACUUCUAGCAAACGAGCUUGUAGGUGCCACAUAAACCAAGAUGUCCUUGUUUUGAUAGAUUUGAGUCUCUCUUCUGAUUUCUGAGUUCCUCUACCUCCUUAGCAGAACACUGUAUGUUGUUAGCAAGAGACCUUUAGUGUGCGCCUGAGACAUUGUCUUUGUUGUCCAUGUUUUUUUCUUUCUAUUUAAUUGUACUGAUAUUUUGUAUAAGAUCAUAAUUGGACACUUUAAUCAUGCAAACAGGGUGUAUACAUUCAACUAGUAUAGAUGUGCCUUAAAGAUAUUAGACUAAUUGGCUUAUUUGAUAAUGAAGUUUAAAUUGCAAUCAAAGUCUAACAACCAGGACCAAUUGGAAAGAGUUCUAUGUUUUGUUGUGACAUGGAAGAAGAUGUGUUUUCUGUACCUGUGGUUUAUCUGAUCUCACUGUGCAUACCUGAACUGCUUUAAUGUUCUUUAGCCACUUUGGGAAGACAACUGUACUUAGCUAAAUGUUUCUUAAGUGUAUUUUUCUAGAUUUUUGAAAGAAAAUAAUAUUGUUGUGAGUAAAUGCCAAGACAUACUUUAGCAAUUAUAUAAAAUCAGUUAAGGGCAGCAUCAAGUUUACACUUAAUUCUCUUUUAAAUGCCAAUACUUCUUCUGCACAAAUAAAACAACAUUUCAGAUUUAAUGUCAUUUUAAGCAAUAGUAGAACCUUAUGGACUAAACCGUUUUUUUGUCAAGUGUUUACAAUCACAAUAAAGAGAUCA